AUGGACUUCGACCCCAAACACGACCGCCUCCACCACUCCCUCUCUUCCGCCUGGUCAAGCUUCCUCAAUGCCCAGCACUGCACCAAGGAAGUCUGUUCCCUUCGCCGCGCCCUCGACGAUCAUGUCCGCCAGGCCAACGUCGCUAUCGCAUCUGUUCAGCGAGAUGUUGCUCACACCCACGGUCUGGUCACCUCUGCCUUAGCGGAUGCGAAGACUAAGGCUGAGGAGCAGAAUGCUAAGAUCGCAGAGCAGAUGAGGGGGGUGCAGGAGCGGGUUGCUAAGCUUGAGAGGGAGGGGGUUGGGAGGGGUAAUGGGAGGGAUGACGGGAAGGUGAGGGAGCUAGAGGGUAGAGUGAAUGCGUUACAGGAGAAGAUCGGGCAAAUACCUUCGGGGGCUGGGGUAGAGGAUGAGACGGUCAGGACGCUGAUGACCAAGAUGGAUAUGCUGCAGGCGGAGGUGAGGGAGUUGAGAGAGGGAAAGGCGGCUGUCGAGUCGAAGUUGGCUGCGUUGGAACUGAAGAUCGCUGCCUUGGCGGAGAGAGAGCCACUAGGAGAGGAUGUGAUGGGUUUCCUGCAGCUGAUGCAUUCGCGGCGAAAGAGCUUGAUGAAGGUGCUGGAUGAUGUUGAGCACGGUGAUGCAAAUGAGCAUGGUAAGGCUCCUGUCUGUUUUCUAAAGGCCCAGUUACUCACACGCGCAGUUUUAACCCAGCUUGCUCCCGAGCCGAGCCCUCAAGAUUGGGGAGCGAUGGAGGUUGCCACCGAUUGGAGCAGCACACCUCCAUUCAACCCACGCCCAACCCGCAAUAGCAUACCUUUGUCGAACUAUCAGCCCCAAGCCCAGCCCCAGAUCCAGUCUCAGCUGCAAUCUCGGUCCCAACCGCUCCUACAUCCCCCUUCGACCCAACAUCAGCAGGACCUGCAUUCUCUCUACCUCUUCUUCCGUGACCGGUAUAAGGCCAAGCCACCCAAGAACGACGUCUCCUUUAUUUGGCAGUUCUUGAGAGCCAUUCGCGACCCAGAGCUUUCACGCCACGUACAGGAGUCGUUGGCUGUGCUGCUGCCCCACGAUGUGACCAGGCGCAAGGAAUCUACACGGCUGAAGAAGGAGAAGUAUAGGUAUAUCACGAUUGACAAGGGGCUGACUUGGAGAAGGUUUAGGGAGGCGUUAGUACGGAUUCCGAGUCCCCAGUAG